UGGUUGACUAGUUGAGGGCCAACUUGCCGCCUCCAAGGGGGCCGGGUGUUGGCACUUCUCAAGAAGUGCCGGGUGCGUUGGGGGGCGCUCCUCCUCCACCUAAUGGCCUCUACCCUAGGAACUAUCCGUCCACGACGCUUCGGUGCCAUACCAUGCAAGGAUUGUUCGACUUUACGGUGUGUGAGCAGUGUUACAAGGAGGUGAUUGAGCCUGAAGUCCGUCAGGGUGUCGAGCUAGCAAGGAGAUUGGAUCAAGCCCCUGCGGUGGUGGGCGGUCCUGGGUUCACUUGUCAGCUGUACUCUGAACGGAUGAGGAGGGUUUGGAAGGAGGCAGUGAGUAUGGGAGAGCAAAUGGGUUUGGAGCAUUUGAGGGCCAAAGUAACCGAGCGAAAAGCCAAAGAGCGAGAACUCCAGAUGAAGACGGCCCAGCUCCAACAGCAAGCUGCUUCCCUGCGCAUACAGGCUCAAACACAAGAACACCUGGCUAUCAAUGCCAUGCGGGUCUCCUUGAGUGCGGCUAGCAACAACAUUAUGCUGGCUGGAAUAGGUGCUGGUAAGAGGAUUGAUGCGAAUCAUAUUUUGGUGCCUAGUGGUCAGGCCGACUUGAGCCAAACGACGCAGCUCAACAACCAGGCGGCUAUGUUGAAGGUGCAGGCAGGUCAGGUGGAGGAUCAGGCACGGAUGGCGCAGGAGGAGUGGAGGAGGUUUUGGGAGUAAGAAGUGUUGGUGAAUGAGAGGCCGUAUUCAAUCACCCUGUGCUUAAGUUUCCCAACGCCAACAGAUUGACUGCAAAAAAGACAAAGG